AUGGACGGAGGAAACGUAAGGUUCUCAGUAAAGAACCUCUUCAACGUCGAGGGAUGGGUCUGCGUCGUCACCGGAGGCGGCACGGGUAUCGGCCUGAUGAUCGCGCAAGCAUUUGCGAACAACGGCGCACGCGUGUACAUAACCGGACGACGUGCGGAGACGCUGCAGACUGCCGCUAAGACGUGGGGCGCAUCUCUUGCGCACCCACAGGGAAAGAUCAUUCCCAUCACCGCGGAUAUCACGGACAAGGCGUCCAUCCAGAACCUUGCGCAAGAGAUCGCGAAACACGAGAAGCAUGUGGACGUGCUGGUGAACAACGCUGGUAUCGAUGGAAGCACGAGCACGGUUGAGAAGGGCGAUGAGAGCGCGCAGGCACUGCAGAAAGAGCUCUGGAAUGAAGAGGUAUUGAUGUGGGAGAGCGUAUACCGCACAAACGUCAUUGGAUACUUCUUCACCACUGUCGCAUUCAUGCCUCUGUUGUCUGCUGCCACAACUCGUGGAGGAGGACAUACCGGCAGUGUCAUCAAUAUCUCGUCCAUCUCUGGCGUAACGCGCACAUCGCAACACCACUAUGCGUACAACACGUCCAAGGCAGCGGCGAUCCAGCUGACCCAGCUUCUCGCGCAGGAGAUGCGCCGCCCUGGCGUUAAAGUCCGCGUGAAUUCAAUUGCGCCAGGAAUCUUCCCCAGCGAGAUGACCACCGAGGGAUCGAACGAGCAGAACAAGUCGAGCAUCCCGGUCGAUGAGUCCUACGGUGAGAAGAAGGGUAUUCCUGCUGGACGAUCGGGAGGCGAAGAGGAUAUGGCGCAGGCGGCGCUACUGCUCGCGUGCAACCAAUACAUUUACGGUCAGACUGUCAUUGUGGAUGGCGGAUACCUUCUCGCUCACCCGUGA